AAAUGCAACAAAAUGUCUCCCUGUGAGUGUAAAACUCUUUAGAUGAGGGGAAAAUAAAAUCAAUUUGAAAUCACAGCUGCUGGGAGUCUCUGGCACACACACACACUGUCUGCUGACAUUUUCUGUAGCUCUUUUCCCAGUGAAAUCUGUCUCAAGCAGAGCUCAAGGGGGCUAGUAACAAAUCAGUUGCCUAGUACACAAGUGUUUUUUUUAAAACUUUGGGUCCAACACAACUGCAAUGGGAACCACGCGGCUACUCCCAAGUGGACUGUUAAACAAAAAAGUGUUGUUUGUUAAAAGGUACAGGUUUUUAGGGAUUUGUGGUUCAGAACUGACCUGGGUUCACUGCAUAUUCAGUGCUAGUUUGCUCCGACAACAAGGAGAGCUAUUGCCUCCCCAUCAGGCUGGUGUUCCUCUGGGCACUGAGCACUCACCAUUGGAGGUGAGAAUUGCCUGAAAGAUGAGAGCUGCAUUGUCUGUCCAGGAGGAAUGGACAACACUUGUCCUCAUGCCAUCCAAUCCCCUUUUCAGCUAUUUCGCCAUAACUCAAUUUUUAAAUCUGUUUUUAUAGCUAGAAGCUAAAGUCUUCCUUCAGUCAUUUGAUUCCUGAAGGUGAGAUUUUAAAGUGAAUAAGGUAAAAAAGCUCAAGCACAAAAUAGCAGUCCUCCCAGGCUCACCCACCCCAACAGGAGUCCUGUGAGCUUAGCCCCAGCAGAUCAGCCCCUCCUGCAAGCCUGGCUGCUCACUCAGACCCCUUGAAGGUGGAUCCGCUCUCAUAAAAGUUUGGCAAAUGGCAGAGAGUGAGGCCACACAGAGACUUUCAACUUCUGCUAACAGCAGUUUUUGACUGACAGUUAAUGAUAGACUUAUUUCAAAUGGAACAAACAAACAAACAAGCAAACAAACAAACUUCUACCCUAAGCAUUUUAUUUGGUUUGGUAUCAGUUCAAAGAUUAUGAUUUUAAGGAAAAAAGAACAUGUUCAGCAGACCCAUUUGAGCUGCCACAUGCACCUCCAGUGGCAGAUGGUGGCCAAGCCUAACAGUCCCCUCCCACUCUGCUGGGUUUUCCAGACACUGCUUUGGCCACCAGCACGAAGCAUCCCAGUCUGCAAUGGCCACGGUGCUGGUGGGGAGGCUCAUUCAUCCUGCGAAUCAACCAGAUGAGAGAAACCGGCAUCCUAUCAGUACCCAGAGGGAGACGAAACUAGAAGCCACAUGCAUGGAGUGGACCAAAAAGGAAGGGAAAAGAGUGGUUUAAGCACGUUGGCAGUAAUGCCACAUCUCCCCGGAACGGAACACAGUCACCAGGUGAUGUCACAGACCCGCAGAUAUAAUGUAAGGCUGUUGCUUAGCAGCUGGAGACAACAAAAGAGAGAAGAGCUGUAUCCCAGGAACCUCCAAACCUAAGAAGAACCUGCAGAAACUGUUUCAUCUCCACCGUGCUGUGGCUCCAAGCCAUGGCACAGUGAUAACAGUCAGCUGGGAUCAUUCUUCUGUGAUUGUCUCACAAUUUUCCUUUGGGACUAGCCUGGAAACCUUUUUUUCAGAGCUACCCAACUGCAUUCAACAUGAGUCUUCGGCUCCAGCUCCUUUACUUUGUGGUUACCACCUUCUUCCACAAGGUUGCUGUUGCAGAAGCCUUUGGCCACGUGGCUUACAACGACAGCUCCAAGUGCGUUGUGUACAAAGCCCUGCCCGCAUGCUUCGGGCCACAGCUCCCGGCAGAAGGGCUGACAGGGUACCUGAUGAGGGCAAUACCACCAAAUGCUUGCCACACAAUAGAGAAUCCUCCAGCACCAAGGAAGGCCUCAGAGAAAUACAUUGCGCUCAUCCAGGGGUGCGGCUGCUCCUUUGCUGAGAAGGUCCUUCACGCCCAGCGGGCUGGCUACCAAGCUGCUGUUGUGUACAAUGCGGAUUCAGAGCAGCUGAUCACCAUGACGUCUGAUGACAAAGAAAUCCAGCAGCAGAUUGAAAUACCAUCACUCUUCACUGGAGAAUCUGUCUCCCUUCACAUGGAAAAGGCUUUGCAAUGUGAGAAAGGGGCAUACAUCAGACUUCUACCACCCAAAUACUAUUUCGCUCCUUAUCAAUAUAACGCUAAAAUGCUGCAAGACACUCGCAUCAUGCGGGGCAUGUUCUACAUCAUUAUCACCGCUAUCUCAAUUAUGGUUGGCAUAAGGUGGUGCAAGAAGGCUCACAAGAUAAAGCUGUAUACGUACAAGCGGGGAGACAAGCAAGAGACCUGUGUGAUCUGCAUGUCAGAGUACAAGGAAGGAGACCUCCUGAAGAUCCUGUCCUGUUCCCACGCUUACCACUGCAGCUGCAUUGACACCUGGCUCCACACCCAGACCGGGAAGAAGACAUGUCCAUUCUGCAAGCAGCCCGUGAACACCAACGGGCAAUGUGAGCUCCUGCUAGGACAGGCUCACGAGGAUGUGAAUGAGGAGGAAGAGGAGGAGGAGCAGGGCCAAGAAUAUGAUGCAUUCAGAGAAGUGUAUGAAGAAGACGAGUAUGAAGAUGGGGAGCAAGAUAAUGCAAGCUCAGUGGAAGGGGAGUGUUUUGGUUCUCUGGAGAACAGCACCAUUUGAGCUGUGAGUUGGAUAAGUUAUCAUUAAACCAAGAAAAACUUCCCCCAUGCUUUCCCUCAGCUCCUGCUCUAGCUUUUAUUGGUAAGCAAGCAAUGAACACUGCAGUUUUGGCUCCCUUCCCCAGGUCCCCCACCACAACAAGGCAUAAAAUCCCAGCUGGAAAUAUCAAAAAUUCCUUUAAGCCAGGGCAACAGGGGAGAAGCAGGGAUUUAAGAACAUUAGGUAUGGGAGCUGGUUUAUGUCUGCUAGGAAGCUUACUCAAUUCCCUCCCAAAAUACCUGUGCACGGAUACACAAGCACACAAACACGCUGAAUCUUGCUUUGUAGUGUUGCCCAAAAAUCCCAGGUGAGAACCAUCCCAUGUAUUACAGCCAGCAGGAACUGCUUCCUAGCCUGACAAGCCACAGACAGAGAGGAAAAAAAAGUAAGGUACUAAGGCCUAAAGCAAGUCCCUUCCCAUUAGGGGUAAAACAAGGCCUGCAAGCCCCCGGCACCUCCUUGUCACCCAGCACGUUGUCCCCACAUGUUGGGUGGCUCAGCACAGCCCACCGCAGAGGGCAGCCUGGCCUUUAACCGCACGGGUAGAAAAAACACUCCAGAAAUAUUGAGGGCACUUUAAACACCAUCUCCUCAGCCGGGAGGUGAUGCCAGCAGGAGGUAGAGGUCUUUACAGCAGGAUUCACUUAGUGGAGCCAGAUAGAUGGAAAAAGAAUGAAAUGCUUCUGAGCGUGGCGUAAUUGGCUGCGUUUGCCUGGUGGCUGGCAAUCUCGCACGCUUGCAGAGGCUGACGUGACAGGUACAUGCAACCUCCUGCUACCUAGGUUGUUCCAGGUCAUUAUCCAAAUGUGCCUAAGCACCUUAAGGGUUGCUGGAUUUAUGUACUAACACGAUGCAAACAGAUCUUCGUCUCUUCUCCAGACACACCAGGUACAGUCGUAUUAUUUAGGCAGUCUGAAUACUUCCCCAAUCCCGCUUUAAAGCACGAGCAGAAAUCAGCCCUGGCUCCCCAGGCUGGUACGGGUGGCUCUAACACCCACUGUGGAUGGGGCAGCCAGCCAAGUCACAAACUACAUAUGGGGAUACAGAGCUGGAAACGCUCACAAAACCAAUAUUAGCAUUUAAUCUCGUGUAAAAGAAAGCCGUAAAACCUCUUUACUAAAUGCCAAAAAUUAAGGAAGUGAACAGCUCUAACAUACUGUGACCAAGACAUCAAACCUUCACAGCUGUACAAAGGCUAACCUCCCAAAUCAAAGGCUUUCCUCUAAACAUAAAACAGUUAUGGCACUACCCAGAAGUGUGCUGUCAUCAGAUCUCUUUAUUAUGACCAUACAACAACACAACUAGGGCCCUCAAACAAUCCUACAGCCUUAAAGUAUUUUCCUAUUGAGUGGCUACAUUAGGACUCGGAAGACGAGGACUUAGAAAAGACUGUCGGGAAAAAAUCAUGCUGCAGAACUGAGAAGCAUGAUCUCUGCAAUAC